AUGGAACUGUCAAUACAUUCCUUUCAGGAAGAUAUCAACGUUGAAACGCUUGAAGACCAGUACAGAUUGGUAAAACGCCUUACAAACUUAUCCCAUGUGAUGCACUUUGGCGAUAUGCACAUCGCGAACGAGCCAGUCGGCUGGUUCCAAGGACAGCGUAAGCUGCGGAAGAACAUUAAUUAUGUAGAUGAGGAACUAUACAGGGCAGUGUCAUGGCCGUCAAGAGAUGUUGAGCUGAUGUACUUGCAUCAACUUAAAGACUCAGAAAACGACAUCUACAUCACGAAAGAACUCAAUCGGCGGAUUCGUAAAAUCCACGAGGAUCGUCGACGCAUCAAGUCUCUGAUUCUGAAUCUGACCGACAAUCUCGUCAGCACUCUAGCGGAGAGACGACGCAUGUUUGAGGAAAGGAAUAGCGUCGAAGAUCUGGACUGUCAUGACGAAGUUGUGCGAGCAUUCGAUUUGAUUUGUGUGGAUAUAAAUAAGUACGACUAUGCUCUCAAGUACAUCUACGUGCUGAAUAACCUUUGUAUCGAAUUUGGUGAUGCGGAUCAAAUCAUCGCUGCUAUGUGGACGACAUGUUCGAAUAGUCGCUUUCAGUUCUUUUAG